GGUGGGCGGCGCCCAAGCGCCCGAGCGUGAUGCGCGGCGACGGCGAGGGCACCGCCGCGCCGCCCUCGCUGGGCUCGUGGCCGCCUGGGUGGGCGGUGGCCAAGCGUGAUGCGCGGCGACGGCGAGGGUGCCGCGGCGCCGGGCGCGUGUCGAGCAGCCGACCCGUCGGGGCCGCAAGUGGGAGGGGAUCCGGCAGCGCAGCGCGGCCAAGGCGUUGAUAGCCAGGUUACUGGGAAACAGAUGAGUACUUGUUGUCCAAAGGAACUAAUGUUGAUACGAUAUGUCAAGAUGGUGAAGCCUCACUACGCAUUGCUGCUUGCCAUGAGCAUGCAAGAAUGUUGGAAUUAUUGCCGAAGCAUAACCCAAAUGUGGAUUCUGCCAUUGGGAGGGUUGCUUCUGUAGAUUCUGGCUUAUGGUGGAUUAUUCUUCUUCGUGCUUACACCAGAUGGACAGGGGAUUCUCUGGCUGAAAGCCCUAACUGCCAAAGGGCCAUGCACCUUAUUCUCAGGCUGUGUUUCUCAGAGGGGUGUGAUACUUCUCCAGCCUUGCUUUGUGCUGAUGGCUGCUCCAUGAUAGACCGAAGAAUGGGUAUAUAUGGCUAUCCAAUUGAAAUCCAGUCUCUCUUUUUCAUGGCUAUGAGAUGUGCCCUAAGUAUGUUGAAACAAGAUUCUGAUGCUGACUUUGUGAACCACAUCACCAAAAGAAUCCAAGCUUUGAGCUGCCAUCUGCACAGCUACUAUUGGCUUGAUUUCCAAAGACUCAAUGACAUAUACCGCUACAAGACUGAAGAGUACUCGCAGAUAGCUUUGAACAAGUUCAAUGUGAUACCUGAAUCAAUACCUGAUUGGAUAUUUGACUUCAUCCCUAGCCAUGGUGGAUACUUCAUUGGCAAUGUUAGUCCUGCGAGGAUGGAUUUCCGCUGGUUUUUCCUGGGCAACUUCAUUGCAAUUCUGUCGUCACUAGCAGCUGGGGAACAGGCUGAAGCUAUACUGUAUCUUGUGAAGGAGCGCUGGGAAGAACUCAUCAGAGAGAUGCCACUCAAAAUCUGUUACCCUGCAAUGGAAAAUCAGGAAUGGCAGAUAGUCACUGGAUACGACCCGGAGAACAGCAGGUGGAGCUACCACAAUGGAGGCUCGUGGCCAGUGUUGCUGUGGCUGUUGGUGGCGGUGAGCGUGAAGCUGGGGCGCCCGCACCUCGCGAGGAGGGCAAUGGAGCUGAUGGAACGGCGGCUGGCGAAGGAUGAGUUCCCCAAGUACUACAAUGGCUGCUCCAUGAUAGACCGAAGAAUGGCAGAGAAGCAUGGUUGUCACACUUAUCAAGCCUUACAUGCAAAGAGGAACGGGAACCUUUGCCGUAUGUAUAACAGUGAUCAACAGAACUCUCAAGCUACAAGUUCUAUCUUCAAAACAGCUCUUUACUGUGCCAUGUCCUGGAUUAUGAUGAAGAUGGGUUUUAGUGAUACUUCUGCAACUUUACUUUGUGCCAAUGAUUGGUCCGUGAUGGAUACUUUGAUGCUGUUUUUCUCUGGUACACCUGAUUAUUCUCCAACCUUUCUAUGUUGCAUGGGCCUCCCAAUAACAGACAUGAAACUGGUUGAAUUUAUUAUGGACAUCAUUGAUGAGAUGGAAGUGAGCAAUAGGGCCACCAUAUGCUUAGAUCAGUCUGAUGAUGGAACUGAAUUUGAGUCUCUAAAAAGUGUCCUGGGCGGUAUUGGAGCCAUCCGUGCCUGGUGCUUCAAAUAUGGCUUACGUUUUGACGUAUCGAGAAUUUAUGGACCCAAUCUCAUUAUCUAUUCCACACCAGCUGGUGGUACAUUCUAUCUCACCAUCAAGUACCUGGGACGCUCUCUUACCUUGUUGCUUGCUGGCAGAAGUUUGUAUAUUAGGGGUUGGAGGGAUGGCUUGAAUGGAGCCUUUGAAAUAUCAAUGGGAACUGAGACGCCGUACAUGCUGGGAAAUGUGACUACUAUAUCUAUUCCAGAAAAUUACAGGUUUCUCAGUCCUGGUACCAGUGUUGGGCAAACUUGGAUGGGCCCGGAUGCUCUAAGAUAUGCAUUUGAGACACUGUACAAGUGUCAGGGGAAAAGAUCCAGAGAUCUCAAGCGAGCAAUUGGAAUUUUGGCAGUCCAUAUUGCCAAGGCAGCACGCAUACAAUGUGUCUUGAAAGCAGAGUGCAGAUCAUUCUUGAGUUACGACCAGACUACAUUAGAUGGCGCACCUGAACAUCAUUCUGGAUCAGUUCUCCAGGAAAGGAAAAACUCAUUCUGGAUUAAUGAAUAUGGUGAGUCCUGUUAUAAGAACAUGGGAGACACUGAACAUCGACUUAAUGGAACAGUUCCACCGGGAAUAGAAAACCGACAAGGUGAUGAUGUAGGAUCAUCAAUUGAAGUAUUCAGAGAGGUCAGGAUCGUACUGCGGGAUGCCUGUCGUGAAGCUGCCACGGAGGAAAAGCCUCCAAUGGUUGAGGACCCUAGUGACUAUUAUAACAGGAAGAUACUUUCUUCCAAGGGCCUUAAAGCUGGCAUGAAGUGGUCACGAUCGAGACAAGAGAGAGGGGGUCAGAGAAAGAAACGUCCUCUGGAUGAAUUUUCAGUGGGAGGAGGAGACAGAGGAUCUGAUCUUAUUGCUUUGCUGUUGGAGAACUGGCUUCCGGAAGUGGAUAAAGAACAAGAAGAAAUCAAAGAAGAAGAGGAUAAAGAACAAGAGGAAGAACCCAAAGAAGAAGAGGAUGGAGAACAAGAGGUAGAAAUCAAAGCAGAAGCAUAUGAAGAGCAAGAGCAAGAAAUCGAAGAAGAAGCAGAUGAAGAGCAAGAGCAAGAAAUCGAAGAAGAAACAGAUGAAGAACAAGCAGAUCCAUCCCAUGGAGACUUUCUGAGUCAUUUCCCUGGUGUCAGGAAGUUCAUUGAAAAACAGCUAAACCAGGUGAGAUCUGUUGAGAGGGUACCCAUCCAGCCUUUUACCACGACUUUUACUCCCAGUUCUACAGAUGUCGUUGUUUCUUCAGUGAGACAGAUGCAGAUGUCUACAGAAGAAGAAAGUCUCUUUUCUUUGAGAGCAAAGAUGCGUUCAAGGUCUCUCCAAAGGCCAUCGAGGGUCCUUUCCCAACCUAGUUUAGUAAGGGCAGGCCACUUCAUUAGCAGAUUUUUACGUUUCCGUUUCGUCCUUUGAGUACGUGCACGGUACACUAUCUGGACAAGGUUGAUGUGCAGGCCGAUGCAGCACAAAUAUCUGUUCAUGCGUAUAGUCUGGUAUUCUGAAGCAGUGAGUUGUAACUUCUCCACUAUCUGGACAAGGUUGAUGUACAGGCCGAUGCAGCACAAAUAUCUGUUCAUGCGUACAGAGUCUGGUAUUCUGAAGCAGUGAGUUGUAACUUCUCUUUGAAUGUGUAUCACUGUCGUCUGUCAUA